UUUCAUCCACCAUUUUUCAUUUCAUGCAAUUAAGUCCUUCGUGGGAUGAUUUUUGAAACCCUCCAUUGUUUACUCUCUUCGUUAAGGUGUUUGAAGAAAUGAAGAUGCAGCCCCGAUUCACUUGAUGUGAUAAAAUGUAAAGGAAACUAAUGGUGAGAUUCAUCCACACGAAGGUUUUCAUCUGUCUCAUUCAGAACCACCCAAGUUUACCCUCUUGCUUCUUCUAGCAGCAGCAAACAACGUCCAUCAAGGGCCAAUACAUUCAGAUUUCUGUUUUUUUGGUAAGAGAACAGCAAUCAAUGCACCACCAGACAAUCUUUGGUUAUAUUGCUUCUUAACCGGCCAGCCCUAGAGCCAACCUCUUUCCCAUUUAGCGCCUUCAAUUUCUCAAGAUUUCCCUCCUUCUGGGUUCAAUGAUUUCUGCUAAGAUGCAAUUUCUGUGACUUGAAGCAAAAAAUUUUGUGACUUUGAUUUCUCUGAUUCUCUUCUGGUUUCUGCAUGGUGUCAGCAAGUCUAAUGCCAUCACCUGGCUAUCCUAAUACAAACGGAUAUCUGAGAUCAAAGGUGUCAUCUGUCCCUUUUUCAUCAAACCUUCUAAAAAGUUCGUCCUCAUUUAAGAAGACAUUGUAUGCUAAGUUUUGGAUCUUCCAUUUGACGCAACCUUUCUUCAUCAAGGAUUCCAAGAGGAUGGCAUGGCAUAUAAGAAGCAGUGCAGAUGGCAGCGGUUUAAAUCCCUCUUCCACAAAUAAUAACAGCAGAGGGACUAGACUCAUAAGAGCCAUACAAGCCUUUCAAAUCAAACUAAAUGCACGUUUUAAAGAUCUGCGGAAGAAUCUUCCCUUGAAACUGCUGUUUUUCUUGACUGGUUUCUAUUGUUCAACAGCUUUUGCUACCGUUAUAGGACAAACAGGUGAUUGGGAUAUUCUUUCUGCCGCUUUGGCUGUGGCUGUCGUGGAGGGGAUUGGAGCCCUCAUGUACACAUCUUCUUUUCCUUUAUUCAAUAAAUUAAGGAACUUGGUCACCAUGUUCAAUUAUUGGAAGGCUGGCCUUUCGCUAGGUCUAUUUCUGGAUUCCUUCAAGUAUUAGACUUCAUUCUUUUAGCAAAAAAUGCCAUUUCCUGCCCUCCAAGUACAGGAAUGACCUAAAAGAUUAGGUGGGCAUGGUUUACAUUCACAAAUUGGAUCCUACAUCCAUAUAAUUUGAUGGAAGCUUUGAGAUGUGAUUCCAGUUGUAUUGAUCACAAUAGAGGAUCUUGUGGCUCUUGAAAUCUAUUGCCUUUAUUCCUUUAGUGAAAAUUUCUAUUAGGGUGACCUAAAACAUAAGAGGGCAUGACAUGCUAUACUUCUGCAAUUGGAUCUUGGAUGUGAUUUGAGUUGAUCCUUUUGAGGUGGGUUUCCGGUUAUUUGGCAUUCCAAAUGAAGAAAGCCAAACAACAGGUGAUGCUCUUGAUCUACACCUUAAAAAGGUACAGAUCCAUGCUAAGUAGCUAAAUAAAAUGCUGGUUUGCAAGAAUGGUGUGUUUCUGGUUGAGCCAAAGUGCAGAUACGGCCUAAUGAAGUGGCUUUUGCACGCUGAAUCCGUGGAGCUUUGGGGUUACAUGUAAGGUGUAGAAGAAAUUUAUAGUGAAAGCUCUUGUUCAAGAUAUUGUUGAUGUUAAUUUUGAAUUUUGUUUGUAAAAUUUAUUUGCACACAGAAGGAAUGCAGAAACAUGUUCCUGAAAAUGUAAAACAUGUUUCAAUAUCAUGAAGAAUUUUGAGUUACUUCAAA